GUCCGAAACGUCAAAUGGAAGCUCAUCCACUACCAACUUUCCUGAGAAAUGAUUUAUUUGGAGGGAGGAAAACUGGAGAGCCCAGAGAAAGACCCUCGUAGCACAGGAUAGAACCAACAAACAACUCUACUCGCAUACGACAUGGGUCGCAUUGGUGAGAGACGAACCCAUUGAAUCAAUUAUGCCACAAAGAGAGUCUUUCGUAUUAUGUGCCGAGGGGGAAAACACGUCAAAGCAGAGGAGAAUCCAGAGUGAUGGCAAAAAAACGCGCAACACAGAGAAAAAGCCCACUAUCCGUUUGGUCAGCGGUUACCAUCCAUAAAGUAGAAUUUCAACAUGGCGGACGAAGGUGAAGGAAAAACUUGCUGUCGUUGCGGCUUAGAAUAUUCCUCUAUAGCUUGCAGUAGAACACCCUCAUCAUUAUCCUGGGCUAGAAAUGGUUUAGUUGCAUAUGGUGGAUGUAAUUGCGUAGUGCUGUACCGUCCACAAUGUACAAAUUCAGCUGGUAAAGUAGAGAAGGUUUUAAGUGGACACAAAGACAGGGUGAACUGUGUAAAAUGGAUACCUAACGGAUUAGAACUGGAAAAAGAAGUAGUCUCUGGGUCUACUGACAAGACAGUUAUUGUCUGGAGGUGCAAGGAAAAUAAGUGGUGUAUAUUUGGAGUAUUGGAAGGCCAUGACAGUGCAGUUAAUUCAGUGGCUUCUGUAACAAUAAACCAUCCUGAUCGAAGCCAGCAAACUAUUAUUGCAUCAGCAUCUGCUGACAGUACUGUGAAAAUAUGGAAUAGAACUGAUGAUCAAGGAGAAUUUCAGUGUAUUCAGACUCUGUCAUUUGGAUAUGGGUUUGCAGUAACAAUUGACUUGUCUUUAUGCCCAGAAACAAACGUUCCAAUCUUAGCCUGUGGUAAUGAAGAUAGCAAGAUAUACAUAUUUGUACAAAAGGAUGGAGAAUUUGUUAGAGUACAAACAUUAGUUGGCCAUGAAGACUGGAUUAGAGGAUUAGAAUUUGCACUUGAAGAUUCUGGAGAUCUUCUUCUUGCAAGCAGUUCAAAAGAUUAUUUUAUUAGAAUAUGGAGAAUUACUUCUUCCAAGAAAAUGCAAACAAAACGAGCACAGGAAACCAAGACUCCAGUAGCUGCACCAGACCUUGUUCAAGAUCUUGGAGAAUUGAAGUUGACCUCUAAUUUAUUUACAGUUUUAUUUGAUGGUAAGGAAUUUGAAUUUUCAGUUGUGUUGGAGUCAGUCCUCUCAGGUCAUGAAGACGUAGUUUACAGUGUUCAUUGGCAGCCAUCAGUUAAAAAUGAUGGUAGUUCAUCCACCCAGCCUCUGUGCUUAUUGUCAGCAUCCUUUGAUAAAACACUGAUCAUCUGGAGACCUGAUGAGGAGUCUGGAGUCUGGCUUGAAAUGGUACGUGUCGGAGGUGUUGGGGGCACCACUCUUGGUUUCUAUGGUGGUGUCUUUAGUCCUGAUGGUAAUUCCAUAUUAGGGCAUAGCUACCAGGGUGCUUUCCAUUUAUGGAGUAAUGUUGCAACCAGUCAGGAAGAGGGAAAGUGGAUGCCACAAGUAACCGUCAGUGGGCACUUUGGUCCUGUCCAGGAUAUAAUAUGGGAUCCUGAAGAUGGGCAGUUCUUAAUGAGUGUCAGCAGUGAUCAAACUACAAGACUCCAUGCUCCCUGGCACAGAGAGGGCAAAGAGACUACAUGGCAUGAGAUAGCUCGUCCACAGGUACAUGGAUAUGAUAUGCAGUGCCUUACACUCAUCAACAGACAUACCCUUGCAUCUGGAGCUGAUGAAAAGGUUGUUAGAAUUUUCAAGGCACCUCGUCAGUUUCUUAAGAGUCUUGAGUCACUUUGUGCAAUAAAGCGUACUGACCAUCAGUUACCAGACGAUCUUCCUAUUGGGGCCAGUGUUCCUGCACUUGGACUGUCAAAUAAAGCUGUCUUUGAAGGUGACUUGGAUUCUUUAAAGAAUGAAGUUGAAGACCCUGGUCAGCCACUGAGAGCCUCAGCAUUCACUAACGAAGAACCACUACCAUUCUCUCCUGUCAUUUCUAAUGUUCCUCCAACAGAAGACGUUUUGCUUCAAAAUACUCUGUGGCCAGAGUCACAUAAAUUGUACGGUCAUGGGUUUGAGAUAUUCUGUGUUGCUUCUAACCCUGAUGGCUCUUUCUUAGCUUCAGCAUGUAAGGCCUCCAAGCCUGAGCAUGCAUGUACAAUAUUAUGGGAUACUAAAACAUGGCGUCAGGUUUGUUCACUGUCUGGUCACUCAUUGACUGUAACACAGAUGGCCUUCAGUCAUUCUGGUACGCGCCUUGUCACUGUAUCACGUGACAGGAGCUGGGCCAUGUUUAAAAGAAAAGUGGAUCAAGAAAAUGGUCCUCUGUUUUCCCUCGCUUCACACAGUUCCUCGUUAAAAAAGAAUGACCAACAUAGUCGGAUUAUCUGGUCAUGUUCAUGGUCACAUGAUGAUAAAUAUUUUACAACAGCAUCAAGAGACAAAAAGGUCUUCAUGUGGGGUUGCCAUGGCGAUACGAUAAAUGAUAAAGAAAACUGGUCCCCUGCCUCGAGUCCUCUUGAUGUCGGAGAACCAGCUACAGCUGUUGACAUGGCACCAAUAACUGUGAAAAAUUCAAGGUAUUUAAUAGCUGUUGGUACAGAGUCUGGUCGGAUAUCUCUUCAUACGUGGUCUUCAAGUGAGCGGUGGACGACUAUAACUCAUUUAGACCAAAGUUUAUGUCCAGUAUUAACAGUCAAGAGAAUAAGAUGGCGACCAAGGAAGGACGUAGACCAAGAUGUUCCUCUGUACCUUGGCAGUUGUGGCUCAGAUCACAGUGUUAGAGUGGUAGAGAUAUCAGGUCUAGUCUAGGUACAUUAAUCAUUUAGAUAUUAAUAGCAGAAUCUAGUCUUAAAAUGAUACGAUUCUUUACUUUAUCUUAUGUGGGAAUUAUUUCAAUUGAAUUUACAUUCACUUCCCGGCCACAUUUUCCUGUUUCUAUUCAUCAAAGGGUUCAAUU